AUGUUGGUGGCGAGACUAGCCUGCCUGAGGGCUCUCCCGGUGGCGGUCCGUCCCGUGUUGGCACAGGGCACUUCUGCCCUGAGAAGCCAGGCUAUGCCCACAUGGCAGCCUUUGCUCAGGAACCAUCAGGGUUAUUCCACCAAGGCCAGGUUUGGUUUCCGUCGCAGCAAGACCACCAGAGACCAGCUCAAGGAAGCAGCCUUUGAGCCAGCAUCAGAAACUGCCAUGAAAAUUGAUGGCAUGGGAAGGAUGAUCCUGGCUGGAGGAGCAGCUGUCGGUCUUGGCGCACUGUGCUAUUACGGACUAGGCAUGUCUAACGAAAUCGGUGCAAUUGAAAAAGCAGUGAUCUGGCCGCAGUACGUGAAGGACAGGAUCCACUCCACCUACAUGUACUUUGCGGGCAGCGUUGGCUUCACAGCCCUGUCUGCCGUGUUAGUGAGCCGGACGCCUGCGCUCAUGGGUCUCAUGAUGAGGGGUUCCUGGCUCGCAAUGGGAGCUACGUUCGCAGCAAUGAUUGGCGCUGGAAUGCUGGUCAGGUCCAUAUCGUAUGAGCAGAGCCCUAUGCCCAAACACCUUGCCUGGAUCCUCCAUGCAAGUGUGAUGGGUGCAGUCAUAGCCCCCAUGACCCUCUUGGGAGGGCCCCUGAUGUUGAGGGCCGCCUGGUACACGGCGGGCAUCGUUGGAGGCCUCUCCACCGUGGCCAUGUGCGCGCCCAGCGAGAAAUUCCUCAACAUGGGCGGCCCUUUGGCGGUGGGCUUCGGAGUGGUGUUCGCCUCUUCCAUCGGCUCCAUGUUCUUGCCCCCCACCUCCAUGUUCGGAGCAGGCCUGUACUCUGUGGCGGUCUACGGAGGCCUGGUCCUCUUCAGUUUGUUCCUUCUCUACGACACGCAGAAGGUCAUCAAGAAGGCAGAGACAUACCCGCUGUACGGUGUUCAGAAAUUCGACCCCAUCAACGCGUGUAUGGGGAUCUACAUGGACACAUUGAACAUCUUCAUGAGGCUUGUGAUGAUCCUCUCUGGGAAUGGCAGGAAGAAGUAGAAGACCACCGCCCGCUGGUGUUUGUUUUCUGCAUCAACCGUCAAAUACUCAAGCACCUUGUUCAGUCUACUAGCAGUAUACUAUACCUACAACCAGCCCGCUGUUGUUUUAAAUUAAAUCAAGUUUAUGAACACAUUGUGGAAACGCUUGCUGUGCUCUGGGGAAAAGUGCUUUUGUUCGUCUUGUCAAUUCUGGUAUUCCAAAUAAGCGUUCAAAAAGUUUUAUGAAAAGAGUGAAAAAUACAAAUGUAUUUGUUAUUGCUCUCGCUUGCAGAGGAUGAGAUUUGUCAGCAUCUCUUGGGGUCUUGGAGAUUUCUGAAUUGUGUUCCAAUUUUUAUGUCUAUUUAUUUUUACGAGGGGAUCAUCCUGUUUUGGCAAAGAGACAAAGGGGAAACCCAUGAAUAUGAGAUGUGGAAAUGCUCAGACAUGUGUUGUAUUUAGCUCAUUAUUAUACAGUACACAAUCUACAAAUGCUACUAGUAAGAUGGGGUUAAUGAGACUUCUGCCAGAUCUGUAUACUCAUUUCGGAAAUCAAUAAAGAUUAUACAAUUUUGAA